AUGCCCAUGACCUGGGAUAGCAAGGCAGAUGCCAAGCUACUCAAUGGAAUCAUCUCGACGACCUCGACCAUCAACUACGAAGCCGUCGCGGACUUCAUGGGGCCCGGUAGCCAUGCAGACUGCACCGUCAGUGCUAUCAAGCACCGCAUCUCGCGUCUGAGGGAGAAGGCCGGCAUCGUCGCCUCCUCCCCCAAGUCCGCCGGCCGCACCAAGGAUCUUACUUCGUCGCCCACCAAGAAGCGUGCCAGCACCAUGAAGGCGACCAAGGAGAGUGCGAGCAAGCCCAAGGUCACCGUCAAGGGCAAGAACGAUGAUGGAUCCCCCGCGACAGCUGUCAAGGAUGAGAAUAAGGGCAACGAGCGUUUCCAGUACGGCGCGCAGGACUCUUUCGACGAUGCGUAG